AUUUGCCAGAGGUGUAGAGGAUAACGAUAGGGAAAAGCGAAGAGCAGGCAGAAGAGAAGAGCGGGCACCUGUAGUCUUGCCUGUCUUGCACUUCCAAAUCUCCACUAUCGGCCACUGGCGUUUCCAUAGCUGCAGUACGGCAGUACGGGCUUCCAUAGUGGCACCGCACCGUGACACCAACUGCGACAAGACCGUCGUUUCCACAGCGGCACCGCACUCUGCGUCUCUGGAAAUAUGGAAACUACAAGCAGCCACAGUUCUGGCGUUAUGUGGUUCUUCAAAGAUAGAGGUUUCGAUGAUAAAAGUAUUCAUGAAAUGUUCCAGAAGUGCAAGCGUCUUGAGGGCAUGCAGAGAGAAAAUGCCUCGGAAAAUUGGGAUUACUUGAAAAGUAUAGGCAUCAAGGAGAGGAAACUUCCUUCCAUUAUUCGAAAGUGCCCCAAGAUCCUUACUCUGGGCUUGCAUGAGAAACUGGUUCCGAUGGUCCAGUGUCUUGCAACAUUGGGAACAAAACCUGAUGAGGUAGCUUCUGCCAUAACUAAAUUUCCUCACAUACUCUCUCACAGUGUUGAAGAGAAACUCUGCCCACUGCUUGCUUUCUUUGAAGCUCUUGGUAUUACUGAGAAGCAAAUUGGCAAGAUGAUACUGAUAAACCCCAGAAUUAUCAGCUACAGCAUUGACUCAAAGAUUUCACAAAUUGUGGAUUUGCUUUCCAAUCUGGGCCUAUCCAAGGAAGGGAUGGUUGGAAAAGUACUGGUGAAACACCCAUUUAUAAUGGGUUAUAGUGUCGAUAAGAGGCUGCGUCCCACUUCCGACUUCUUGAAGUCGUUGGGUCUAACAGAACAUGAUCUGCAAAGAGUGAUUAUUAACUUCCCUGCAAUUUUGUGCCGAGAUGUGAAUAAGAUCUUGAAGCCCAAUAUCUCAUACUUGAGAUCAUGCGGAUUUGAAGCCAGUCAGAUUGCAGCUUUAGUGACCCAUUAUCCCCCUGUUCUGAUUAAGAGUAUCAACAAUUCUCUUCAGCCGCGGAUUAGGUUUUUGGUAGAUGUGAUGGGCAGACGAAUCGAUGAGGUUGCAGAUUAUCCAGACUACUUUAGGCAUGGCUUGAAGAAAACAUUAGAAUUGAGACAAAAACUUUUGACACAGAAGAACAUAGACUGUAGCCUGAGUGAGAUGCUGGACUGUAAUGACAAGAAAUUCCUUUCUAAGUUUGGUUUAGUUGAGUGAUUUUCCCAGGCUACUUUUGCAUGACCUAUUUCUUCUUGUCAUUUUUUAACCCGGUUGUACAAUAUCUGCUAGUAUUUAAUUUGUACUUGUCAAACAAAACCAUUAUGGAUGAGGUUUCUGCAUCAAUUGUACAUGCUGGAAGCUAUUGUGACGGCCUGAAAACUUUGCUACAUUUUUUUAUUUACUUAUUGUUGAGCUCUUAGGCUUGAGGUUAUGUAUCUGUUUAGUAAAAGUGUAGAACUUAUCUGUGGUUUAGAAUAAAAUAGGCAGUAAUCCA